AAGAUUUUUCGUAAAAAUGGGACUUUUGUCGGACCCCGAGUAUGGGUCGGUGAAAUGGGUUCGUGUGUUGAAAAAGAUCCAUAAACCUUUAUGUAUCAUAUGUUACAUCGGAGCGAUAGUAUGGUUCGCUAUGCUAGGCCAUAAGGAGUUCAAUAAUGAGACAUAUUUCUCUGAAAAUGCGUUAUUACCUGGACUAGUUACGAACGAAUUUAACGGUGAAUAUGCGGCCAAACAGUUCUAUAAUGAGUUCAUACUGGAGCUUCAGGACAAAUAUGAAGACAGUGAUGAUAUGCCUAUACCCUGGCUCGUGGGCAAGAUGUCGCAACUACAUUUGGAGGUUUACACACAUAACUUCACUCUGAAGUAUCCUAUGGGGCAUGGUCAGGUGUAUAAAGGCACAAACGUGUACGGCAUACUGCGCGCUGCCCGGACACCUUCACUGGAAGCAGUGGUGGUUUCGGCUCCUUUUCGUUCUCUUGGCUCGCACCAGAAAGGCACAACUGCUGGAAUUGCGCUUAUGUUGGCUUUUGCGCAAUUUGCCAGACCACAAAAGUACUGGGCAAAAGAUAUAAUAUUCCUAGUAACAGAGCACGAACAACUGGGUAUGCAGGCAUGGCUGGAAGCCUAUCAUGGCUUGCAAUCCAAUACAGACACUUUUUACGACAGCCUAGGCAGUUUCUGGAAGGGCCCUGCUUUGGAUUUUGGAAAGGUGAUAGAGAAAAUUGGCCUUGGAAACCAGAAAUGCCUGAACCCUGGUACGUUGAGAGGGCGUUCGGGCUCUAUACAGGCGGCGAUUAACCUGGAGAUCCACGAUCCAAAGAUUAAAUACAUAGAAGUGAAAAUAGAAGGUCUAAAUGGCCAACUACCCAACUUGGAUUUAGUUAAUUUGGUGCAUAAACUGUGUGUAAAAUCUGGCAUUCAUCAUUCGUAUAAAAACAGCUUUUCGUGGAUCCGUACUCGUAACAAGAUGGAGGAAUGGGUGAACAACCUUUGGACUAUGCUCGGAAUGGUUUCCACUCAAAUCGCUGGGGUACCAAACGGCAACCACGGCCUGUUCCACCGCUUCGGCAUUGAAGCCGUGACUCUGGAGGGCCGUGACGCCACCGAUCCUGCCGGAUCCCCGCCCCGCGCGCGUUCCCUCUCCUCCGUGAACUUCUACCGCCUCGGAGCCGCAUUGGAGAGCAUUCUGCGCAGUCUUAACAACUUAUUAGAGAGAUUCCAUCAGAGCUACUUCUUUUACAUGCUCGCUGCUACUAAUAGAUUUAUUUCUAUUGGCCAAUACAUGCCGUGCCUUUGUCUGCCGUGUGUGGCCAUGCUGAUCCGGGCCUUAUCGCUUUGGGUGUCGAUUCAACAGGAUCCAGAAAUAGAUGAUGAUAAGCCCAAAAGUGUUAAACAUAAGCGGAAGGCCAAGACUUCGGAGUCCGACCCAAGGGAACAAGGUGACCAUGGCUCUGAAGAAGUUAAACAAUUGAACGAAGACAGCACUUUGCGCCAUCGCAAAAAGAAACAUAGCGAAGGCGAUGUAUCAGGAGAUGAGAAACUGGAAGUGCCGCCGAAGUACAAAGCUAAAGUGAAAACGAACGAGGCGCCUUUGAGCAUAGUCAAUAUUGGUGUUAAUUACUUUAUAGUGCAUUUGAUUGGAUAUGGUGUUAUGAAUUCGCCCACGUUUUUUAGUUAUAUUGGUGCCAUGUAUUACGAAUUACCGUCAGAAAUAGCAAUAUUCUACGGUCUUAUUGCCAUGUCCGUUAGUUUCGCUUUCUUUGUCCCCUUCCUUCUGCGCGUGCGCGUUGGUCGCAUUUCAAGGGAAGAAUUAUCUCUAGUCAACAUUCUAGUUCUCAUCGAGUUGUCCACUGUAUGUCUGACUAUUGGAAUGCAGAACUUUAGUCUCGGUUUAGCUGUAGCAGCUCUGUACACUCCUGUUGCCCUUGUAGCUGGGAUUAUUGUCGAGGAAAAUACUUGGAAGAGCUCAGUGUCGACCUUCCUCCGGCGCGCCUUCUGCCUGCUGUUCCACCCUCUACUGGUGGUGUUCGUGGGCAUGUUCGUGUACGCGGGCGUGCUGUUCCCCGAGGAGGAGCUGUUGCAGCGCGCGGGCAGGGCAAUGGAUGCGCACGCGCAGGCUAUCAUGUUCGCCAUCGUCGACUCUAUGAUUUACGGCAACUGGCUGUUCAACGUGGCAACCUCGACGCUCCUGCCCAUUUGGCUGAUAUUCUGGCAAAUUGUUUGCAACAGAGUCAAAGCGUAGUUUUAGAAGUUGCAGAACAUUAAUGGUGUUUUGUGCAUUAAUAAAAUGCAUUUCAGUAUGUCAUUCCAAAGACUUUAGAACAAAUACAGAAACUUUUUUUACCUAAGACUAUUUUUUACU